AUGGGGGGAUAUGGGGGCACCAUGAUCAUCUACACCUGCUCAGCCCACCACGCGGCCACCAACAGCGGGCAGUUUGAGCUGGGUUCCUUCAUGCCCAACAUGCCGGCUGCCAUGCGUGCUCCCCCGCCAUCCCAUAAAUCCCCACUGAGUCUCCACGACUUCCUGGACUCGCUUCCUGCCGUCAACACCACGUGUCGGGUCCUGUCGGUGCUGUGGGUGCUGCGCAACGAGCCCAUAGACAUGCUCCCAUUGGGCCAUUACCCCGACCGUCACUUCACGGAGCCGGUUCCGCUUCGUUCCAUGUCACGUUUUCGUCGUCGUUUGAAUCGAAUCAGUCAAAAAAUCCGGAACCGGAACCGGAAACUUCAACUCCCGUAUCCGUACCUCGACCCCAGCAACGUGGAGAACAGCGUCGCCAUAUGAACGGGUGGAGACAACAAUAGAGACCCCAAUAGAGACCCUAAUAGAGACCCCAAUAAUGAUCCUAAUAGAGACCCCAAUAGAGACCCUAAUAUAGAUCCUAAUAGAGACCCUAAUAAUGAUCCUAAUACAGACCCCAAAUGUGACCCCAAUAGAGACCCUAAUAACGACCCUAAUAGAGACCCCAAUGGAAACCCUAAUAUAGAUCCUAAUGGAGACCCCAAUAGAGACCCCAUUAUAGACCCGGAUAUUGACCCCAAUAUAGACCCCAAAUGUGACCCCAAUAGAGACCCCAAUAAUGACCCUAAUAACGACCCUAAUAGAGACCCUAAUAGAGACCCCAAUAGAGACCCCAAAUGUGACCCCAAAAGAGACCCCAAUAGAGACCCUAAUAGAGACCCUAAUAAUGAUCCUAAUAGAAACCUUAAUAGUGAUCCUAAUAGAGACACUAAUAGAGACCCCAAUAGAGACCCUAAUAGAGACUCUAAUAGAGACCCCAAUACAGACCCUAAUAGAGACCCCAAUAGAGACCCUAAUAACGACCCUAAUAGAGACCCCAAUGGAAACCCUAAUAUAGAUCCUAAUAGAGACCCUAAUAGAAACCCUAAUAUAGAGCCUAGUAGAGACCCUAAUAGAGACCCUAAUAGUGACCCCAAUAGAGACCCCAAUAGAGACCCUAAUAGAGACCCUAAUAUUGAGCCUAAUAGAGACCCUAAUGGAGACCCCAAUAGAGACCCUAAUAGAGACCCUAAUAUUGAGCCUAAUAGAGACCCUAAUAGAGACCCUAAUAGUGACCCUAAUAGAGACCCCAAUGGAGACCCCAAUAGAGACCCUAAUAGAGACCCUAAUAUUGACCCCAAUAGAGACCCCAUUAUAGACCCUAAUAUUGAUCCUAAUAUAGAUCUUAAUAGAGACCCCAAUGGUGAUCCUAAUAGAGACCCUAAUAGAGACCCCAAUAGAGACCCCAAUAGAGACCCCAAUAAUGACCCCAAUAGAGACACUAAGAGAGACCCUAAUAGAGACCCUAAUAGAGACCCCAAAUGUGACCCCAAUAGAGACCCUAAUAAUGACCCUAAUAGAGACCCCAAUAGAGAUCCUAAUAGAGACCCCAAUAUUGACCCUAAUAGAGACACUAAUAAUGAUCCUAAUAGAGACCUAAUAUAGACCCU